AUGUCUUCGUUUGCUGAUGAGGUUGAGUAUAAGCUGCAAGCCGUCAAGGCAACGCAACUGGGCCCCGAUGAAAUCGACUCGGCAUUCCGCCCAGCAUGCAUAGACCUUGUCUCAGCGGGAUUGGGUGGUAAGGUCCUUGGGUUUUCGGAUCAGUGGUUUGCUGAGGCAGCUAAUCUCCUAACUCCUACGGCUCCCAUUCGCCAGCCGGGCAAGAUGGUCUAUACCGGAGCGUGGUACGACGGCUGGGAAACAAGACGCCACAAUCCCGAGGAAUUCGACUGGGUUGUGAUUCGCCUCGGCGUCGCCUCAGGCACUGUUAAUGGCGUUGAAGUAGACACGGCCUUUUUUAACGGCAACAAUGCUCCCGCCAUCUCUGUCGAAGGUUGCUUCAGCGACAACGAUGACGAGGUUGUUUCGUGGAAAGGGGGUCGAGGUAAAUGGGAAACAAUCCUCGAUAUUCGGGAAUGUGGACCGAGUCAAAGGCACGGCUGGAGCCUCAACGAGCCCACAGGCAAGCAGUACACUCACGUGAGGCUCAACAUGUAUCCCGACGGAGGCAUUGCCAGAUUCCGGCUGUUUGGGCAUGCUGUCCCCGUAUUCCCUGAAGACAAGGAUGCCAUUUUUGAUCUUGCGGCGGCACAAAAUGGUGGUAUCGCCAUUUCAUGCAGUGAUCAACACUUUGGCUCCAAGGACAACCUGCUGCUGCCGGGCCGUGGGAAAGACAUGGGUGAUGGCUGGGAGACGAAGCGUUCACGAGGCAAGGAUCACAUUGAUUGGACGAUAGUCAAACUGGGCGCACCGGGACUUAUUCAAGAGUUUGUCAUCGACACUGCACACUUUCGAGGAAACUUCCCUCAAAAGAUUGCGGUCCACGGUCUGGCGUGGCAAGGAGAGGGAGAGCCCGAUAUCAAGUCUGACGGAUGGGUUGAGACUGUGGCUCCAAGCAAGACUGGGCCCGACCAGGAACACAAGUUUGCUUCCGCAGUGGCAGAUGUGCCCUUUACGCAUGUUAGACUUACUAUGAUACCUGAUGGAGGAGUAAAGCGAUUCCGGGCAUUUGGAAAGCGAGCGGUAGACCGCUCUCUUGUCCACGACACUUCGCACGCGACUCCAGGCACGCCUUUUGCUCGAGCAAACCAGCAGUGGCUUCUAAUUCGACCGCGAUACCUUACUCGGGCCAGCAGCUCAUCCGUGGCGACCGCAUCGGCCAAGGACUCUGGCCCUGCCCCUCCUCCCACCAUGGAUCCUGGGGAAACUGGCAGCGAUAAUGGCUUCGAGAGCAAACCGCGAGCCAUUCCCGAUGACCUGCCAAAGUCCUUGGAUGACCGACGACAUGCUGCUGGAGAAUUCACAAUGCCAGAGACGGAGAUGUACGAUGGCUGGCAAGGCCAAUCUCAGUUUCUCACCUCGCCGGUACUGGCUAAGCCGCUCAACUUCGAAAACCUGUCCUUGAACGACCCGACGGACCAAGACGAUUUCGCUGGCAGCGGCCCGAAAGACAGCGACGCCAGACUGAUGGAAAUGUUGGCAGCCCAAGCAGCCCACCGCAACGAAGCGGCACUCGAAGAUGAAGAUGCUAUCAUAAACAACGACAAGAUGUCGGAGUCUGAGAAGAAGGACAUACUCCAAAGAGCAUUGACCAUGGCUGCCAGCAAUGGUGAUACCGAAAAGGUCAAGAAGCUGCUUGAGGGAGAUGCGAAGCCUUUUGUGGACGUCAAUCUUCCCGAUGACGACGGAACUCCAGCAUUGAUUUACGCCAGUUGUUUUGGUCACGAGAAGGUCGUCGAGGCUCUGAUUGAAGCGGGUGCCAAUGUGAACCAGCAGGACCGCAACCAAUGGACACCUUUUAUGUGGGCAAUGACGAAUCGCCACAAAGUGAUAUCAAAGUUGCUACUCGAUAAAGGAGCAUCGUCGGAGCAAAAGACAUCAUCCGGACGGACAGCUUUCGACUUUGUUCCCCCGGAUAGCGAUAUGUCGUUUUAUCUGCAUGAUAAUGGAUAUAAUAUUGGGAGUGCGGGUAUUAUGGGUGAUUUCUAUAACGCUGGCUUCUCUCAAGAUCGGUUCGAAGAAGAAAUGGCAGAAAACGAAAUGCGGAGACGGCUGAUGAUGGAGAGUGCUCGUGAUCUAGAAGUAGACCUGGGAAAUGUUGGGAUGGAUGACCAACCAGAGCCCAUGGACGAAUUUGAGGAAGAGCAACAGGAGUUUGACUGGAGCCGCUGUCUCCAUGACCAAAUGUUUGUCUUCCAAGAACAUGAAUUGGGCCGAUUAUUGGAUAUUGUUGUCACAAACAUGACUCCCCAGCGAUCGCCGUCGCAGAAGCCUGUACCGGCCAACAUGAUAUUCCUCAGUGCCAGAUAUGCACACUACCAUGCUAGCCCAGACCUGUUGAGGAGGUUGCUGGUAUCUGCCAUGGAGCGCAUCAAUGCCGUAGUUGAAAAGUCCCAGUGGGACAUGACUAUACUGGCUUUUUGGAUUUCAAACGCGACGCUACUCCUGCAUUAUCUCAAGAAAGAUGCUGGGUUAGUUGAAGCAACUACCGAGUUCCAGGCUCAGCUGGCUGAACUUAUCAACGAGAUAUUUGUGCUCAUCGUCCGAGACGCCGAGAGACGCCUGGACAAAGUGCUUGACCCUGCCAUGCUGGAACACGAGACAAUCCCGGGCUUUGAGGACAUUGCAUUCCAAAACGAAUGGAAGAUUUUCAAAAGAAAGUCUACAGUCAAGGAGCAACCCCUCGAGAAGCGAUUCCGUCCCCCGUCCCCAAAACAAAGGGCGAAACCCGCACCUCGAAAUGUUACGUCCUUACUAUCAUCAACGCUCUUUGUGCUGGAUCUCUACGAUAUCCACUCCGUUAUCACGGCACAAAUCAUCUCUCAGCUGCUCUACUGGCUUGGGUGUGAGUUGUUCAACAGGGUCAUAUCCAAUCGCAAGUAUCUAGCUAGGACAAAGGCAAUGCAGAUCCGCAUGAACGUGUCAAUGGUGGAAGACUGGGCGCGAACAAACAACAGACAAGCGGAACACUAUGAGGGCGGUGAGAUGAACUCAUCGGGCGAAACAACUAUGGAUGCGGCCAAGCGGCAUCUUGCCCCCGUGAUCCAACUCCUGCAAUGGUUGCAGUGCUUUUCAUCACUUGACGCUGAUGACUUGGAGGCCCUAGUCGGCACGCUCCAGCAGUUGAAAAGAAUGACACCGCAACAGCUGAUUCACUCGGCUACGCAUUAUCGCCCUGAGGUUGGCGAAAAGGGAUUGCCUGGUAGCGCCAUGAAGUAUCUCAUUGCCAUUCAGAAGGAGGCGGCACUCAAGAAGGAUCGACACCAGAGUGGCCAGACGGCUGGUGCAGAGAGCGCCCCAACCACGCCUGUGACGUCCAACUUUAACGGAAACGGCCCUCAAACUCCAAAGAGCGUUCGAAUGAAAUCGCCGGGUAGCAUCAAGGGUGCAGACUCAGAUGAUGAAGACAGCACACCGAAGAGUUUGUUGCUGAAUCCCGCCUAUAUGCUACCAUUUGCGCUGCCAUCGGUGACGGACAUGCUUGUAUCGUAUGGAGCUGGCUUCGGAGGUGUUAACAGAGAGAGGGAGCGUAAAUACAUCCCGACUGUUCCACCGGAGUUUUUGGAAAAACUGGAAGUGAAUGGCUCUCGUAACCCACCAAUGUUUGAGGAGAAGGAUUGGGAAAAUGAGGAGGUGUGA